AUGUGCUUUUUGUUCGGUUUUUUAGACACCAAUCUUUUUCACACCCCUGUGUUCGAGUCUGAUAGCUUUCAACCAAUAUUCAACAGUGAGAUUGAUGUUGCAAGUAAUAUUAAGGACAUAAACCAACCAGUCUUUGUGGGAGAAACACGAAGAGUUGUUGAGACACAAGAAUCACAACAGCUUACUGCUGUGGAAGAACACGCACCUGUAAACAAAAACAAAAUGGUCGUAGAAGCAAAAUCGCAGGCGGGAAAUGGAAACGAACUAAAUGCAUCUGAUGCUGGAUAUACUGCCUCUGGUAGUGCUGAACAAACUUCAAACCAUGUGAUUGUUGUCACGAGUAAAAUUGAGGAAAUAAAACACGUUAUGGUGCAAGAAACAGCUGUUAUAGAUACACUGACAGAAAGCAUGCAAAAGUCCCCUGGUUCACCUGAGAAGACGACUGUUGGCGAUCAAAAUAAUAUUGGGAAGGGUAAUGAAGUAGGUGAAACAGGCAGCACGGAUGUUGAUAGUACAGUACAGGUACCCAUUAAAGAUUUAAUACCAAAUAAUAACCCAAAUUUCGAGAAUGUUAGCAGAAGAAGUUCUAACGAACUUAGUGACAUAAGUCAUGGCAAUGAUGGGUGUGCUGGGAAAUUGACAAAUAACUCUGACCCGGGUACUGAAGAAGAUAAACCUUCCUUACAAGAGUUAAAUGAAGUUGUCGGCAAAUCUAAUGAACUUGUCGAGGAAACUCGUACGACUGGAACGAGAAACGUUGACCAUGACCAACGUACACCGGAACUUGUACAGCAGUCAGAAGAGAAGAAUGAGAGCGAUAUGAAAGGCGGUGAUGACAAACCGAAGACAGAAAGUGAAAAACCGAGGAAUAAUUCUGGUAUUUCUGAUGCGAAUGGCGAAGGAGAUAAAGUUGAGGAAAUGGUGGGAGAAAAUGUAAUAACAACUACUGGUAAUGACCAACAAAUUGCAAAGGAAACCGGAAAAAAUAGCAAAGAUGAUGAGUCCAGUAGAACGAGAAGAGCUACCGGAUCCACUACGGAUGCAAAAGACGAAACAUCAAAACUACAACAAUUAGGUGAUGUUCAGGUAUGUUUCUCGAGUAUAAGCGACAUGGAGUAACUGAAGACUUGGGUGAAAAUUGGAUGGGAGUUGAUUACCUUACUGUAUUACUUCCAAAAACUUGAGUUUUGUGCUGCAUUGAUGCAUUUGUUUUGCUUUACUCAAAUAAUUUAUGCAGUGUUACCUACUGUAUAUUUAGGGAUACCUUAAGUUUGUAACCUCACUCACCAUUAAGAUAUCGAAAAAAAUGUUUUCGACGCACUGUAUAAAAUUGUGGUGGCAUAGUGGUGGCAUCUUACUAUAUUAGGAAGUAAAAUAAUUUGCAGUUUGAUGCAGUCAAAAAUAUUGUAUGUGUAGUCAAAGUGUAUAAAGUAUAAUUUUAAUAUUUGUUAAGCUUUUAUUCAAAAUUUUUUUUGCUCUGAUUGUUCUAGUGUAUACAGUUUAUUAUUUCGACAGCCAACAAUACACACGCUUUUUGUGUUGUUCACGUAUUAUAUUUUUUUCAAAACUGUAGGGGGCCACCUUAAAAUAAGGUACAAUGUAAUUUGAUAGGAUGAACUUCUUUUUAAAACGAAGAAACUCUUCGAAAUAUUUCUGAGAAACCAUCCACUACUCCAUUCACAAAUGAUGUUGAAUCUACUAUUCCUGCAGCUGAGGUAUAAAUGAACAGUGAUUUAUUUUUUAUUUUUUACAUGCUAAAAAGUGUACCAAUCAUUCAAUCAAUUAUUCAAUUAAUUAGUCUAUCAAAUUAAUCAUUAAUUCAAUUUACUAUGGUUGAAACCAAGGUCCUUGCAGAAAAACUGGAAUUUUAAUUAACGGUGUCCGUAAAUCUCUUCGUUUCAAAUAUACAUAAAAUUUUCCAACAAUGGGUUAUUUUCCAAGUUUGAACUUCAAAAAAACACUUUUUCGAAGUGAUUGCGAUAAAAAAUAACAGUACUGUUAAUUUUGAGGAUACCCGGUAGUUGUUAGGAAUAAGGAAAUUUUGAAUUUCCUGCGAGUUGAAUGUUAUAGUGCAAAUUGUUUCACACCUACUAUGGCGUGACGCUGUUCCAGUCAAGUAAUAUGACAUUGCAGAUUUUGGGACGUAGCAUAAUUUAUCGUUAGGGUAGUAGUGGAGAGUUUUAAGUUAUGCGAUUUAAGUUAUACGUAUCUUCUUCACUUUUAAUGACCCAAAGCGGUACAGUCAGUCGUUAAAAUUUGCCUGUUUUAACGGGGUAUCUUUAUAAGAAAGUGUGUUGUCUUGGCGUUUUUCGGGGACAAAAAUAAGUGGCCAUAAUAUAAAGGUGGCCGUAUUAACGGGGUGGCCGUAAGGCGGGGUUGCACUGCAGUUUAUAUGCUGAAAAUCAAACAACAGCAUUAAAUUCAAGCUUUUUGCUGUCAGCAGUCGUUCUAAAAAUAAUAGAACUUGUCAAUUUCAGUCAAUAGCGCAUUUGGCAAUAUUUCAAAUGUAUAUAUUUGAAAUAAGUGCAACACUCCGAAAAACGUGACAAAUUUGCAUUGUGUCAUUGAUACUUAGGUUUUAUGUUAGUCAUGUUCGUUUUGUUACUGUAUCUGCAAUGCCUAUAUAUAAAGUGUUCAGUACGAUUCCUGACUCUGGCUGUAUUAAGUUCAAUAGCUUUUCCAGUUUAGGUAAUGAAUAUGGUUUAAAAUAUCUCUUUCUUUGCAUUUGCUAUUUUUAGUUUAUAAGUGUUCAAUUGUCCCCUACUGGGUAUAGCAUGUUGGCUUGGCGCACAUGACCAGCCAUUACCAGGCUCACUCCGUAGGAGGGUGGAGGGGUGGAGGUGAGACAUUGGGAAUGAAGUUAUGUGACCGUACAAUUGUUGAAUUUUAUGAUAUAGUAUUUCUUAUAUAUUGUUGUGUUUAUUAUAAUAGAAAUAUACUGUAUACAGAAAACCAGAACUUGAAAAAGAAUCAGGAAGAAAGAACAAGAAAAAAGGAAAAACUAAUACGUGAGUUUAAUGUCAUUUGGAUUCCUACGUGAUAGUUAAUAAACG